CUGCUGGGAUUCCUCCGCCACCGGUGUGGACAUGUCCGCCAUGUUGUCCACGGUACGGGGUCCCGAAGAGCCGGUCCCCGCGUCCCGUUAGACCCGCACCCUAGAAACCGGAGCGGCGGACACCGGGGAGCCGCCGGGGCGCUGGCGGGCGCGUGGGGAGCUGAGUGACGUCAGUAUCGGUGCGGGUUUGUGGCGGGAUUCCCAAACAAUGAGCAAACUCUCCUUCCGGGCGCGAGCGGUGGACGCCGCCAAACCGCUACCGGUGUACCGGAACACGGAUGUCCCGGACUUGGCGGACUGCGCGUGCAUCAGCCGCGGCGUCCCACCGCUGCCAACCGGCAUGGAGACCGAGGAGGAGCGGGAGCACCACCUGCAGAGGGCCAUGUCCGCUCAGCAGGUCUUCAGGGACAAGAAGGACAACAUGGUGAUCCCUGUCCCUGAGGCCGAAACUCACACAGCCUACUACGACCGUCUCUACAGAGGACAUGUCAAAGUCCCUAAACAGCUGAUCCACAUCCAGCCUCUGAGUCUGGACCUGGACCAGCCGGACUACGACCUGGACUCAGAGGACGAGUCGCUGCUCAACAGACUCAACAGGAAGACGGACAUCAAACCCCUGCGGUUCGAGAUCAUGAUAGACAGACUGGAGAAGGCCAGCACACACCAGCUGGUCUCUGUGUCGGAGGCGAAGCGACUGCUAGAUGAGGACGAUGUCCUGCUUAAGACAGUGUAUGAUUACUGGCUGAGGAAGAGGAGGACAUGUCUCAGUCCGUCCCUGACUCCUGGGGUCAAACAGGAGAGACGAGAUGGGUCCAAUAACAGCGAUGCCUACGUGGCCUUCAGACGGAGGACGGAGAAGAUGCAGACCAGGAAGAACCGAAAAAGUGACGAGGUGUCCUACGAGAAAAUGCUGCGACUGAGGAGAGACUUCAGCCGGAGCGUCUCCAUCGUGCAGAUGAUCAGGAGGAGAGAGGAGGCCAAGAGGGAGCUGCUGCUCCUCACGCUGGAGGAGGUGCAGAGGAGGUAUCAGUUGGAGGAUUUCGGUGGAGAAACUUUCAGAGAAGUUUGUCUCCCUGUGAUGGAGAAACAUGGUUACUGCAGCCUCUUCACUCUGAGUAACAACACCAAGGUAUACCUGUCUAAGAAGCAGCUCUUGGUCAGAGAUGAGCUUCCCUUCAACCUGCUCAGACCAAAGAAGAAGAACGUGAGAGGGGACAGACUGUGUCUUCUACAGAGAUGUCCCGGUCGACCCCCUGGUCCCUUCAUCGUCAACCGCGCAGACAUUAAACAGUACGACUUCCACAGCUCUGGAGAUGAGGACAGUCGCCCGUGUCCUCAGUAUCCUCCGUCUUCACCGGGUGAAGAAAAUAAUCCUGAUGGAGUUUUUGUCUUCAGGAGAACAGCUGGAUGUCAAUAUCUCUCUCCUUGUACGGAGCCGGCCCGUGGACCUGAUUCUCCAGACCACCGUCACUCUCUGACUGAACUCCUUCCUCAUUGGACGAGACUGAGCCGGCGCCGCAGGGGGCGGGGCGGCAGGAUCGUCCUGGACCGAGCCUCCUCCUGUCUUGAUCCACUGCUGAGGCAGCUGGACUCUCUAACCAGGACCAGUACCUGCCUCCUCAGUGACCCCCCAAGAACCACGGCCCACUCCCUGACUGAAGUUCUGAACAACAUCCAGAACCUGAGGAGGUUCUGCUUCAAGGCCAGACCGCUUCAAGACAAGAGGGAGGGCAGCAGCAGAACCACCGAGUCCUCCAUGGAGGACAGCACACAAACCUGUGGUCUGUCCUCGGACCACAUCUCAGGAGGACUCACUGAGGAGGAGUUCAACCAACACCGGAAGCAGCUGAAACUGCAAUUACACAACUACACACUCACACACACACAGUCCAGCAGGUCUGGUGAGUCCAGUCCGAAGAUUCUGGACUUGGUCAGUGCUCAGUUUGCAGCCUCAGCAGUGAUCAGUGCUCUGCCUCCUUCUUGUGGUCACAAACUGCACAACACACACGGAGUCCGCCACCCCUCAGGUCCCUCCAGUCCUCCUUACUCCUCCACUCUCAGCAAGGCUGGGCUGUCAGCUCGGGGGACACUCUCCUCCUCCCACCCUCGGUCCCUCCCCCUCCAGAGGAGUCAGGUGGGAGCCGUUGGCCCUGCCCACCCCCACACUGCUCGAAGCUCCGCCCCCACAACAUCUGCCUUAAAGCUGGCUGCCGCCAGGUAAACAUCAACACACACACCUGUCCAGAGCUUCUUUGGACCCUGAGAGACUGAACGAGAGAACACGCCGCCCACCGAGGUCACAUGACACUCUUCUUCAUCACCUCCUGCUCCUCCUCCUCCGUAGUGUCUGACCUGUGAAUGUGACACACCGUGACCUCCAGAGGGAAAAA